ACUGCGUUGAUCGAGUUCACAGGCGGUGAUCGCGGGUUAGUGGUGUUCUUUCGUGCCAAAACGCGCUUGAUUCAUGCGAUCAGGCGGAUCAUUCACCUGAGUCGUCUCGUCGGUGGUGCCGGCAUUUAAUCGGUUGUCGCGUAGUUUAUGUGCGGAUUAGAAGGUGAAACAAAAUAAACGGGCUCAGACUAUUGUUGUUGUAUUGUGUUAUACGUUGGGAUUCGUCACCGUUUUAUUACCUCUUUAUGGCAUCGUAGGGGUUUGCAAAUAUCUUGGCAGGUAGUCAAUAGUGACAGAGAUUGGGGUUUCCAUUUAAAUGUGAUGGUCUGUAUAUGUGCUACUCGGUGUGCAACCAUUUUUUAUUGAUAACGUUGGUGUUUCGCGCCAGCUUGUGAUUCGGCGAGUGUGUGUAAAGUGCCCAAAAUUGUUUGCAUCGUAUGAUUGAAGGCGUUGUAAAAAGAUCGAGCUGUUGUUGUGCCUGGGUGGUGUACAGUGAAUAUAGUGCAUAUCCAAAUUUCACAAGCCCAUCCAAGCUAGUGUUGGUGGUUGCUCUGCUUUCACUGAAUAGCAAACUUGUUCUGCCCUUGCUAACCGAUGUGACUGCAUCGAGUGGUGGCGAAGUGCUACCUAGAUAAGCGCUUUAUCGCCUGUUUGAAGCAGCCGACAGUACAUGCCGCGGCAUCUCAUCGCAACUAAGCUAACUGCCUAUCGUAAAACUUGACGUAUGUUUCAGUUCGAAACAAAAGUGCUGUGACAAUAGCUGUGUGAUUUUUUUGUAGAACAUAGCAUUUUGAUGAGGUGUCUUCGAGCUGUUAUGCACACUGCCGAGUGUUAGUCGGCUGAUGUGAGCCGUACGAAAAUUCCGACACUCGAGUGCCAGAUUGUUAGAUCAACAAACGACGGCUUCCUCCGAAUAGGUCUGCUUGAGCUACCGAAGGGGAUUUUGUUUACAUGAACUGUUAAAACUGGAUGGAAGUGGGGCGUUGGUACAAUGUAGCAAACUGAUACGAUGCGACUAGCUAGUCACAAUCGGAGAAAACGAAAAUAACAAUAAACUGCGAAUCGGCAUUUUCAUACAAUGUGACCAACUCUGAUGAGACGCCAUGGUGUGCUAAUUUGUGCUAGUGCUUAAAUUGAUCCUGCCUGUGAUAGAUCGUUACUUUUAUCGCUUAAGAAAAGUGUUACGUUGUGCCUUUAAAUUUUAUUGCUGUAUGAUUUAGAGUACCGUAGAUAACGUUUAUUACUGUUUAAAAUGUGCCGAUGCUGUCAAAGUUGUUGGGAGGAUUUUUACUGGAGCUGCAUAGAGGAACGGUUUUGCUACGAUGAAACAAUAGCAAACUAUGACCCUGAUGAAGAUGAAUAUAUUACUGAAAAAAAUGCCAAAAAUGGAUUUUAUAACUCAGAAGAGUCGAUGGAAAACAACAAUGCACCAAUCUGUCGACAGCCUGGGAGUUUGGCGCGAAAUAUAUCUAUGAGCUCGAAGAUUCAUGAGGAUGAUUUGCGUCGCGAGAUUCAAACCAACGUCCCAAUGCUGGCGCCGGAGGUUAUGGCCGUUUUCGCCAAUUCGCAAAUUUUUCAGGAGCAAGCUCCAUCGAAAACGUCCCUGAAGAGUCCAGCAUCGGUGAAGUUUGCCAUAUCACCGGAUUCAUCAUCGCUGGACACGAGCGUGUCUCCACCGUUGGCCAAACCAGAUACAGCUAGUUUUGAUGCGAAGCGGGAGGAUGACUCCGAUAAGCUUUUGAAGCGUCUCGAAGGCUCUCAACAGGACAUUCGAAAAAAUCACCUCGUCAUUCCAGAGAUCGUCGAAGAGAACAACGACGAUGAAAUUGUUCUGCGGCCACCACGAACCUUGGCCGAAGCGUCUGCUUCGUUCUCCAGUUCCGCCUUGACCAUCAAUAAAAAUCACUCCCAACUGCAGGCUACGCUGCCCUAUUUUACCGUCCGUCCCGCCAGUGAGAAUGACAUCUUUACAAUUUCCUCUCCGAGCACCUACAAUGCUAUCAGCAUGACUCCGGAAGUUCCCGCAGUCUCGUUUUCAAAUCUUCCUCAAAAUUACUUGGAGACCCCUACGGUGGAUAAGUACCGCGAAUCGGUUAGCCUGUACUCGAUUCAAACUGCUAGCGUGAAUUCAUCUAGGGCUGACUACACAAUGCCAAGAUAUUAUCGUAAAUCGGACCUCUUCGUCAAUCGUGGCGAUCAGAGUAACCGGGACGAGGCAGCCCUGGCUACUUCCAGCAACUCGAUCAUAACCACUCCGAACAGGCGCGUGGAGAUAAGUAAGCGUUUGAAGAACAUGCGUACGGCUCUGCCACCGCUCAAUCUGCAACUGAUUAGAGGAAGCUCAUCAGCUAAUUUGAAGGAGAAGGAAAAACUUAAAUCAAAAGACAGUAUUAAAUUGUAGUCUGUAAUGAUGUGAUGCUACUUAAGGGCAUCCCAUUAUGGUGGGGGUGUUUACACUAUAUCUGAAGAGUUCUUAAAUUCAAUUGUUCAUAGCUAACAUUGUAACAGUUGUAUAUAUUUUAACUUGAUAUUUUAAACUUGUUCAACUGAAACUAACCCGUAGAAUUUUAGUAUCUUGUGCCAGAAUUACAAUAAAGUAAAAAAUUUAAGGCUGAAAUCUAAAAAUUAAU